AUCAGCACCCCCGAGUCCAAUCUACAGCAAUCUUACGAUUUGACUGGAGGCAGAUUCCACACAAUGGCAAAGUCAAUUUUUCAGCGUAGGCGCGACUUGGUGUAUCUUGUCUUCUUCAUCGUGCAUCUUCCGGUUAUGCUUGCCUUCGACCUGUCCGCUUUCUACCCCAUUCAGAUUAAACCGCUCUGGAUGGGUUCUCUCCGCGAAUGGUAUGUCGCCACCUACGGCGACCGAUUCUUUUACAAUCCACCCGCAUGGUUCCCCACCCUGACGUUCCUGGAACUUGUCUACCACCUUCCCCUUACUCUCUGGGCCAUCCCCGCUUUGCUGCGCAAUGAUCCCCGCGUCCCCUUGGCUCUACUUGUUUUUGGUAUGGAAACGAGCCUGACUACGCUGGUGUGUCUGGCGGAGAUGCUAAGUUGGGAGGAGCUUAGCGCUGCACAGAGAGGGUUCCAGGGGUUGGGCGGCAUGUACGGGGGUUACUUGGCUACUGGUAAGUCUUUCAUUUUCCCAUUUGGGUUGGUAUUGGUAGUAGAUGGGAGACGGAGCGAUGGACUUAUGCGUCCGUUAUCAGAUUGGAGGUUUGAAGGAUGGCGAGAGGUUUGCGUAAGACAUGGCUGUGCUGACUAUGAUCGGUAGGUGUAUUCAUGAUGUUGGAUUGCUAUGCGAGGCUGGAUCAGUUGAUUUCGAAGCAGC